UUUUCGCGCAGAGCUUCGAUGCUCAUUGCACUUUCAAAAGAAAUAGCAGAAUCAGAGAGAGGGGAAGCACGAAACAGCAGAAGAGAAAACCCUAAGACGCCGUUAAACCUUUCUGCGUCCAUUUGUCAGUUAUGUUCUCUCCAGCAACGAACAAGUCUUCCUUCAGCAAUCAGAAAGGCCGACAUCUAGGGCACGCAGCUCCAGAUUCUCCUUCGACGCCCUUCUCAUCUUCGUUCGCAAACCGGCCGACCUCUGGAACGCCGGCUCCAUGGACCUCUCGGUUAUCUGUUCUUGCCAGAAUUCCACCAGUUAAGAAGACUGAGAGGGGAGUUGAUGCUGAUCCAAUUCAACCCAUAUAUGUUGGAGAAUUCCCCCAAGUGGUUCGUGAUGCUCAAGCAAGUUUUGUGCAGAAGAAUGUUCCUGGUGGUGCAUGGGUCUCUGGUGGAAUGGACAAAGGAACUUCUCUGUCCUGGAUAAUUUGUGAAAAUCGGCUUUUUAUCUGGAGUUACUUAUCACCUGUAUCUUCAAAAAAAUGUUUUGUGCUUGAAUUAUCACCAUCUGUCAUUGGAAGUGGAGGUGUAAGCUCAGAGCCCAGUCAUUGUAACAGCUGGAUGGUUUGUGUUGUCAAUUGGGAUGGCAGACGUACGAGCUCAAACAAUGUGGUGCAACAAUUGAAGUCUUUGGGUAUAGUUGUGUGUAACCAGAAAACCCAAGCUUUCCUAUAUUGGCCUGACAUCUUUGAAGAUGGAGCCACUCCACUAACCAUUCCUGCUUCUUUUGAUGACUCCAAUUCACCUGGUGUUGGAAAAGCUUUAUCUUACUGGGAGCAACAACAUAAUAGGAACAAGGAUAGUUAUUUGGUUGAACCAAGUUAUUUUAACUCAUUGAUUGCUUGUGCUGUUCCCAAUAGAGUGCAUGUCUGUAUUGCCCUAGCAUGUGGUUCAAAUGGUGAGCUUUGGCAGUUCCUGUGCACUCCAUCUGGUAUUUCACGGAAGAAAGUUUCUCAAAAUUUUGAUACUUUAUCUGCUCAUGGCAGUGAUACUGGGAAAUCUUUAGUGAGAAAGGGGUACCCAAGGUCACUUAUCUGGCGAUCUGAUCUUCCUACCUCCGACAUAACAAAUAAAGAAUUUUUUCUCUUGACAGAUUAUGAGAUACAGUGUUUUAAUGUUAAGUUGGUUCCUGAUCUAUCAAUUUCAAAGCUUUGGUCUCAUGAAAUUAUUGGCACUGAUGGGGAUCUGGGUAUUAAGAAGGAUCUAGCAGGGCAGAAGCGCAUUUGGCCUCUGGAUAUGCAAGUAGAUGAUCGUGGUAAAGAGUUAACCAUUCUUAUUGCUACCCUUUGUAAGGAUCGAAUCAGCAGUUCAAGCUACACACAGUACUCACUUCUGACAAUGCAAUUUAGACCUGGGAUACAUAUAUCGUCAGAAAAUACUGAACCACCUCGUGAAAGAAUCCUGGAGAAAAAAGCUCCGCUACAAGUGAUUAUACCUAAAGCAAGAGCAGAUAUUGAGGAUUUACUGUUCUCAAUGAGACUUCGCGUGGGAGGCAAGCCUUCCGGAUCAGCCAUAAUUCUUUCUGGGGAUGGAACUGCAACUGUAUCCUAUUAUUGGAGAAACUCCACAAAGUUGUAUCAGUUUGAUUUACCUUGGGAUGCAGGAAAAGUUAUAGAUGCUUCAGUUUUUCCUUCUACAGAGGAUGGUGAAGAAGGCGCAUGGGUUGUACUGACUGAGAAAGCGGGAGUAUGGGUAAUACCUGAGAAGGCAGUUUUACUUGGUGGGGUUGAACCGCCUGAGCGAAGCUUGUCACGUAAAGGAAGCUCAAAUGAAGGAGCCGCAGAAGAGAGAAGAAACCUCAAAUUUGGAGGCAAUAUUGUUCCUAGGAGGGCUAGUUCUGAAGCGUGGGAUGCUGGAGAUAGACAAAGGGCAAUGAUAACUGGUGUUGUUCGUCGAAGUGCUCAAGAUGAAGAAUCAGAGGCAUUACUCAGGAGUUUGUUUCAUGAUUUUCUGUUGUCUGGACAAGUUGACGACUCACUUGAAAAGCUCAGAAAGUCCGGAGCAUUUGAAAAAGAUGGAGAAGCUAAUGUUUUUGCUCGCAUGAGCAGAUCGAUUGUUGAUACCCUAGCUAAACACUGGACCACAACCAGGGGAGCUGAGAUUGUAGCUCUCUCCGCUGUGUCCUCUCAGCUUUUGGAUAAACAGCAGAAGCAUCAGAGCUUUCUCCAGUUUAUUGCCUUGUCCAAGUGCCAUGAAGAACUCUAUUCUAAACAGAGAGAUUCUUUGCAGAUAAUCUUGGAACAUGGGGAAAAGCUUGUUGGAAUGAUCCAACUCCGGGAAUGGCAAAACAUUAUUUGUCAGAACCGUUCAAGUGGGAUUGCAUCUCCAUCUAAUCUGUCAAGUGAAAUAGCGGGUUCUCUUUGGGACCUGAUCCAAUUAGUUGGUGAGAAAGCCCGCCGAAGUACUGUUCUUCUGAUGGAUAGAGAUAAUGCUGAAGUAUUUUACAGCAAAGUUUCUGAUCUUGAAGAAGUGUUUUACUGCCUAGACCAUCAGCUACAAUAUAUAAUUGGGGGAGAGCAGACAGUUAUGGUACAGAUUCAGCGAGCUUGUGAACUCUCAGAUGCAUGCACAACUUUAAUUCGCACUGCGGUGAAUUACAGACAUGAGAACCAUGCUUGGUACCCUUCACCUGAGGGAUUGACACCUUGGUACUGUCAACCUGUUGUCCGUAAUGGGCUCUGGAGUGUAGCUUCUUUCAUGCUGGAUCUGUUAAAAGAAGCAUCUGGGGUUAAUUUAUCAGCAAAAUCGGAUUUAUAUUCUCAUCUAGAGGGUCUGACUGAUGAUUUAUUAGAGACAUAUACCGGUGCUAUUACUGCAAAAGUUGAACGUGGAGAAGAUAAUAAAGGACUGUUAGGCCAGUAUUGGGAAAGGCGGGAUUCACUUCUUGACUCCCUUUAUCUACAAAUAAAGGGUUUUGUGGAAGCCAAAUGCCAGCAGGAUUCAGAUGAAGAUAUUCAAGACCAAAAAGAAGCCAUUCUCAGAGACCUCUCUUUGCCAUUACUUUCCAUUGCUAGGCGUCAUGAGGGGUAUCAAACAAUGUGGAGUAUCUGCUGUGACCUGAAUGAUACAGUACUUCUCCGAAAGCUUAUGCAUGAGAGCAUGGGACCUAAAGGAGGGUUUAGUUACUUCGUGUUUAAACAAUUGUAUUUGAACCACCAGUUUGCUAAGCUGCUAAGGCUUGGGGAAGAGUUCCAGGAUGAGCUGGCUGUGUUUCUAAAACAGCACAAGGAUCUUUUGUGGCUUCAUGAAAUACUCCAAAACCAGUUCUCCUUGGCUUCAGAAACUCUGCAUUCACUAGCUCUUUCUGAAGUUGAUACCCCUGUUUCAGUAGCUGAGGAUGAGCGCGAAUUUGAGCUGACAAACUCCAUGCCAACUCUGAUGGAACGAAAGCGCCUACUAUAUCUUUCCAGGAUAGCAGCGAUGGCAGGAAGGGAUGCUGAGUUUGCGGAAAAGACAAAGUGCAUUCAUGCAGAGAUAGCAAUUCUGAAAUUGCAGGAAGAAAUUGGGCGAUUUCUCCCUGAUGACUUUGAAAAGCAAGUCAUUGGAUCACAGCUUCUUCCUCCAGAAGAACUGAUUGAAUUGUGCUUGAAGGGUCAAUCCCCAAUGCUUUCCUUGCUGGCUUUUGAUGUGUUUGCCUGGACCAAUUCCUCUUUCAGAGAGUCCAACAGAAGCCUUCUUGAGGAAUGCUGGAGGAGUGCUGCCAACCAGGAUGAUUGGGGUAGUAUCUAUCAAGCAUCCAUUGAUGAAGGCUGGAGCGAAGAAGAGAUCCUGCACAUCCUGAGAGGAACAUGCCUCUUCCAGGCUUCAUAUAGAUGUUACGGACCUGAAGCAGCAACCUAUGAAGGAAGCUUUGAUGAGGUCCUGCCACCGACACAAAAUGAGCCAGAGUUUCCAGUGAAGCACGUUGGCUGUUCCGUGGAAGGGAUCUUAUUGCAGCACAAGGAUUUCCCGGAGGCAGGUAAGCUAAUGCUAACGGCAGUAAUGUUGGGAGCCGAUAUCAAAGUUGAAGAUUAUUCGCCUAUGCAGUGAUGAUGAUGUACAUCCAUUUUUCUUGGUCUUGUAAUAUUAAUGGGUCUUGUGAAUUACAUUUUCUUUACCUUAAUGUGCAUGAAACAGUUCUCUUAAAAAGAUGUG